UAAAUUUGGGUAUCUAUAUCUGCAAUGUUAAAUCUAAUUGAUAAAUUAAAAAAAUUACUUUUUUUUUUAUGAAAAAAUAAAAAACUUGAUCUUUGUAACCAUAAUCUUAGAUUGGGAGAUUAAGUUAGAAGAGAGAUUAGAGAGCAGAUACAGCACAAAACAAAACAAAGAAUGGCCAAGUGUUUUAGCUUCACGGCCUUGCAAGACUCCUGCUAUCGCUACUCCUUCAGUCGGGCGGGCCUCAAAUCCUUCGCCACCGACCUUGGCGAUGGCACCGUCAUGCAUUGCUGGGUUCCCAAAACUCACGUAGGCUCUAAGCCUACGCUGCUUUUGAUACACGGCUUCGGAGCCAACGCAAUGUGGCAAUUCAACCAUUUCAUCCCUCAAUUGAAGUCCACGUUCAAUGUCUACGUCCCGGAUCUCCUAUUCUUCGGCGAUUCCCACACGACCCGACCUGAGAGGACCGAGGCGUUUCAGGCCCAAUGCGUCAUGGCUCUUAUGGAUGCGCUUAAUGUUACCAAUGUGGAUCUUAUGGGGAUGAGUUACGGUGGUUUCGUGGCCUACAGCAUUGCGGCGCAGUUCAAGGAACGCGUGGGGCGAGUGGUGCUGGGAUGCGCUGGAGUGUGCUUGGGGAAGAAGGACACAGAGAAAGGGUUGUUUCAGCUGAGUGUGGACGAUGCCAUUAAUAUUUUGAUGCCUCAGAAUCCCGAUAAAGUGAGAGAGUUGGUGCGAUUGUCGUUUCACAAACCUCCACCGACCGGUCCCAAUUGUUUUCUAAAUGAUUUUAUUGAGGUGAUGUGCACAGAAUAUCGUCAAGAGAAGAUAGAACUGAUUCAGGCCCUGCAUGAUGACAAAAAGCAGUCUAAUCUUCCAAAGAUAACCCAGGUUUUUAGCUCCUUUUACUCUUCUAUGGUUCAAUUAAUUUUAUUUUUAUUUUCUAGAUCACCUUCUGUAGUUUUGUUUCAUAUGCAGCCUACGCUAAUAAUAUGGGGAGAAUAUGAUCAGAUCUUUCCAGUGGAAAUGGCACACACAUUAAAAAGCCAUAUUGGUGAAAGUGCAGAAUUGGUUAUAAUAAAAAAUAUGGGGCAUGCACUUAAACCUAAAGAGAUGUUUAAGCACAUGAAGUCUUUUCUGAUUGACACCCCACCUCCUACCAAGCAAGGAAACUGCAUAAAUGCUCACAAGAUGCUGAAUUUUAAUUAGAGAGAGAGAAAAACAAAACAAGCUAUUGCUUUAGUCUUAAUAAACUCAUAAUGUAGUCAAGUGCUGGUGGGAAGAUGAGUUUGUAAAGCUGUUAGCUAGAUGAGUUGUCAAUUGUUGAUUGGUAGAGUUAGUUAGACACCGUGUACAUAAACCUUUCCCGUGAGAGUGCAAAAUACUACUACGUCAUUUCUCUCCCUUUCAUUUUGCAUGAUUUCUGUAUUAUAUGGAAUUCGUAUUUAAAUAAAUAUAAUUCUGUUUUG